AUGUUGCGAUUACUGACUUUUCUGGGUCUGAUUGCUUUGACGGCCGCCAUUCCCGUUGACAAUGGAGUUGAAGGUGAACCAGAAAUUGAAUGUGGACCAACAUCAGUCACUGUCAAUUUCAAUACCAGAAACCCGUUCGAAGGACAUGUUUAUGUGAAGGGUCUUUUCGACCACGACGAAUGCCGUAACAAUGACAGUGGACGACAGGUGGCCGGAAUCGAACUGCCAUUCGAUUCGUGCAACGUCGCUCGAACUCGCUCAUUGAACCCUCGUGGUGUCUUUGUCACUACAACUGUUGUCGUCUCGUUCCACCCUCAAUUUGUGACCAAAGUUGACAGGGCCUACCGUAUCCAAUGCUUCUACAUGGAAGCAGACAAAACCGUCUCUACUCAAAUCGAAGUCUCCGACCUUACGACAGCCUUCCAAACCCAGAUUGUUCCCAUGCCAGUCUGUAAAUAUGAAAUCCUCAACGGCGGUCCGACUGGAGAGCCUGUGCAAUUUGCCACCAUUGGACAACAGGUUUAUCACAAAUGGACUUGCGAUUCUGAAACCAUUGACACAUUCUGCGCUGUCGUUCAUUCUUGCACUGUUGAUGACGGAAAUGGUGACACCGUACAGAUCCUCGAUGAGAAUGGUUGCGCUCUCGACAAAUUCUUGCUGAACAAUCUGGAAUAUCCUACUGAUCUCAUGGCUGGACAGGAAGCUCACGUCUACAAGUAUGCCGAUCGCAGUCAGUUGUUCUACCAGUGUCAAAUUAGCAUCUCGAUCAGGGAACCAAACGCCGAGUGUGCUCGACCGCAGUGCGCUGAACCAAAGGCGUUCGGAGCAGUCAAGCCAGCGCAGCAGGCUCAAUUCUUCCGCGUGCUUAAGAAACGAUCAGCUCCGCUCGAAAACGUUCUUGAUGUCCGCGCAGAGAUCACCGCUCUCGAUGUGCUCGAUGGAGAGGUUGGUCUUCUAAAAUUCAGUAAUGAGCAUUAG